AACUGGUAUGUUACUGUAGACACGCCGGCCAUCAGGAGGAGAAGAGAGCUAUGAAACUUAAAAUGUUGAAUUUUCAGUUUAGGGGUUCAGUGGUAAAUAACUUCUAUAAGACUGUACAAAAUAUCAUCUUACUGCAUUACGAUGCUUGUUGAUUUAGAGUGCCAGACUGUAUCAACAAACAGGGAAAGUGAGCUGCUAAUGAUUUUGCUGUCGAUGGCCUGAUAGUUCCUGAACCAGUCCAUGAGGGCCACCACUAGGUGUCCGCAACAACUGGGUGCAGGUUGUGCGGGUGUUAACCACAAUAUGGUGCCGACUGUUCAGCAAAGCAGUGAAGGGGUUAAUGUAAUCCCUAGUUGGGAAUGGGCGGAGAUUCCAGCUGGGACUCAAACCGGACACCGAACAAGCAACACUCAAAUCUGAAAAAGACAACCAGAGCUUGAACUGUGUGUAUUUAUUUGAUCUAAUGACCUUCAUUGUUUUCUCUUCCACGUCAUCUUUGCACAGACUUUGACCGUAUCGGACCGGAACAUGAAAUCGACGGAGAAGUCUUGGAGUUGCUGGCAGCUAUGGGUGAAGUAGUCAGGACGUGGAAGGCUGCAGAGGCGUCCAAACACAGAAACUCAUCCGUCUUGAGUUCAACAAGCAGAUCAACAGGACGCUGAGGAACGCUCGCUUUCUGCAAAGCGUAAAACAAUGGAAGACUGUCCCUGAUUUCACACGGAGCCUUCAUCAAGAGCAGAAAACAAACGCUUCAGUGGAGCUGAGAUGGUUUGAGCACACUGUACUGUUGUGGUUUGCUCUGAUCAUCUGGACUAAAUCCAGAGGUCUGAUGGUAAAGUGAGAGGAUCUGUGUCAACUAAAAAUAGAGAAAUCUUUUCACAUAGCGUCGAUAAACACGCCGAGUGACACCAUGUGGAGCCCGGGGACGUGGAUGUGGCGAGCGGCUGUGUGCUGCAUGCUUCUGGAAACAUUUCUGCACACUGCCAGAGGUCUCAACAUAUGUAUGAGUGGCAGCGCUACAUCCUGUGAAGAAUGCCUCCUAAUUCACCCCAGUUGCGCCUGGUGCGCACAAGAGAAUUUUUUGAGGGGACGGACUCUGACAUCACGCUGCGAUUUUAGUCAAAACCUGCAGAAGAGGGGCUGCGAGGGGAGGUUCAUCGAAUACCCCACCAGCAGCUUCUCUGUCCUGCUGAACAGGCCGCUGAGUUCUAAAGGAUCAGGGUCGACCCAGUAUGAUGUCGUCCAGAUUAUGCCUCAGAAGGUCUCUCUCAGCCUGCGACCAGGGGACCAAACAUGGUUUGAGCUGCAAGUGCGGCCGGUGGAGGACUACCCAGUGGAUCUCUACUACCUGAUGGACCUCUCCCUUUCCAUGAAAGACGAUCUGGACACCAUCCGUAACCUUGGCACCAAGCUGGCUCUGGAGAUGGGCAAGCUCACCAGCAACUUCAGGCUGGGCUUCGGUUCCUUUGUGGACAAAAACAUCUCCCCCUUCUCCUACACAUCACCCAAGUAUCAGGAGAAUCCGUGCAAUGGAUACAAACUGUUCCCCAACUGUGUUCCCUCCUUCGGUUUCCGCCACAUCCUCUCGCUGACCGACAAAGUGGACCGUUUCAAUGAGGAGGUGCAGAAGCAGAUGGUGUCUCGCAACCGGGAUGCGCCAGAGGGCGGAUUUGACGCCAUCCUGCAGGCUGCUGUUUGUAAGGAGGAGAUAGGCUGGAGGAAGGAGGCCUACCAUCUGUUGGUGUUUGCCACAGACGACGUGCCACACCUUGCUCUGGACGGCAGGCUGGGAGGCCUCGUCCAACCUCAUGAUGGACAGUGCCACCUCAAUAAGAACGAGUACAGCGCUUCAACUAAGAUGGACUAUCCCUCUCUGGCACUUCUGGGGGAGAAACUGGCGGAAAAUAAUAUCUUUCUCAUCUUUGCAGUGACAAAACGACUUUACGUUAUUUAUAAGAAUUUUACCGCACUCAUACCUGGAACUACAGUAGAAAUCCUGGACCAGGACUCUAAGAAUGUCAUUCAGCUGAUCAUCAAUGCCUACAAUAACAUCCGUUCUAAAGUGGAGCUGACAGUGUGGGACCACCCGGAGGACAUCAGCCUUUCCUUCACCGCCACCUGCCAGGAUGGACAACCGCUGCCAGGCCUCAGGAAGUGUGCCGACUUGAAGAUUGGAGACACUGUUUCGUUCAAUGUGAGCGUGGAGGCGAGGAGUUGUCCUCCUCGUGGCACCCACCAGGGCUUCACCAUCAAGCCCGUGGGGUUCAAAGACCGUCUGGAGGUGGAUGUGAAUUACCAGUGUGACUGCGGCUGCAGUCAGAAAGCACAAACCAACAGCAGCAUCUGCAGCUCCAUAGGUACAUAUAAGUGCGGGACUUGUCAAUGUGAGCCGGGCUACCUGGGCGCCCGCUGUGAGUGCCAGGAGGGGGAGGCCAGCAGCAUAUACCUCAGUGCCUGCCGGGAGGCCGAAGGCAAGCAGAUCUGCAGCGGACGUGGAGAGUGCAGCUGCAACCAGUGUCUUUGCUACCAGUCAGAGUUCGGCAAGAUCUACGGCAGCUUCUGCGAGUGCGAUGACUUCUCCUGUGCCCGACACAAAGGCAUCCUCUGCUCAGGUCAUGGAGAGUGUCACUGUGGGGAGUGCAAGUGCCACGCCGGUUACAUCGGCGACAACUGUAACUGCUCCACCGAGACGGCGUCCUGCAUUUCAGAUGACGGGCAGAUGUGCAGCGGGAGAGGAACCUGCAUGUGCGGCCGCUGCCAGUGCACAGAGCCAGGGGCCUUCGGAGACACUUGUGAAAAAUGCCCCACCUGCCCUGACGCCUGUGGUACUAAAAGAGAAUGUAUCGAGUGUCGGCUUUUUAACUCAGGACGGCUCGCAGACAACCAGACCUGCCAGCGCCUGUGCAAGGAUGAAAUCAUCACUGUAGAGACCCUCAAAACCGAGGACCCCGGUGCUGUGCUUUGUCUGUAUAAGACAGACAACGAUUGUGUGAUGAAGUUCACAUAUUCUGAGCACGCCAGCGGACAAUCCAUCCUCACAGCUCUUAAAGAGGCAGAGUGUGGUGGCGGGCCAGAUGCCAUGAUGGUGUUGCUGGCAGUGGUGGGCAGCAUCCUGCUGGUGGGAGUGCUGCUGCUGGCUGUCUGGAAGCUGGUCAUCACCAUUCAUGACCGGAGAGAGUUUGCACGCUUCCAGAGCGCACGCUCACGUGCCCGAUACGAGAUGGCCUCCAACCCUCUGUACAAGCAGCCCGUCUCUACACAUUUCGUAGAAACGGAUUUCAACAUGUACGGGAAGUCCUUCAACGGAGGGGUCCACUGAUCCCUCAGCACGGGGCGCGGCAGGACCGGUCCAACGAACAGAUCCCUGGAGGCCGAGGUGGACGGAGGACUGAACACACUCAUCCCUCUGCACAGUACACAACUGAUAACAGACACGAAAUGAACUAGACUGUGUCCGAGGGAGGAUUCUGUGGCCUUUUUAUCUUUUUAAGGAGGAGGUUCAAGCCUUCCACAGAGAAGUGACUUCUUUUUCUUCGUGUGCGUGUUUCCGCUGAUGGCAGUCUGCAGAGGAGCAACGAAGCAUGAACCCCUGCGUCUUAGAGAGAGAAAGUAGAGUUAGCAGAGAGUUUGUCUGCAGUUAAACAAGAUAAACAAACUCAUAAAAAAACCAUAACUGCAACCACUUAAAACCACCAUUCAUUCUGUGUACAGAGCAGGCAGGACAUUGGCUUAUAUUUGUAUAUUUUUAUAAACACUAAAAAAUGCCUUUUUUAGUAUAAACUAUGCAUCCAACACAACUCCCAUCUGAAUAAAAUGAAUUUCACUCCACCUCAGAUCAUUUCAAAUUCACAGGAUUAUUAAAAAAAGCACAUAUUUCUGAAGGUGGCUCUGAUCAUGUUGUGGUACUACUAACAUUUACUAAGCAAUAGACUUUCUACCUUCAUUUUGCACAGAAAAUAUUAGUCUCGUAAAGAUUUAACUUUUCUGUUAUUUUGUGUGUGUGUGUGUGUGUCUGUGUGUGUGUGUGUGUGUGUGUGUGUGUGUGUUAUCGUAUGCUCCACUUGCACUCCCUUCUCCUAAUCUGAAUUGCAGGGUAUCAAUUUACCAAUUUAACCUCCCGGCCUCUGAGCCCUUUAAAGGAUAUUAUAUUUGUAUUUUUUUAAUGUCAACUAAUCCAGCCAACAACGUGUUACUCCGUCUCUCAAUACUUUAUCAAUUUUCCAUCCUGUUAAUCAGACCGACUUGUAAUUUUGUUCAUUCAAAUUGGAAAUACAAGCAGCAAUUCAGAAGCAGGUGAUGACUUCUCUACUGAGGCCCGAGCCUUUUCUUUUCUACUGAACAUAAGUCAAAAAUAUAUUGUUUGGUUUUUCAAGUAAUUCCUUACAGCAGCUGGCCACUUUUUAGCAAACAUUACUCAAACAGGAGCAAAUAGUGCAUUUGUUUGAGAUUAGUUUCCGCUCCAGAUGAAUACAUACUUGGCGUACGAGUAAGUGUUUACAGUAGAGCUGAAACGAUUAAAUAGAUUAGUUGAUCAGCAGAAAAUGAAUCGGCAGCUAUUUUGAUAAUUAAUUGAUAAAAACGUUGUCUGGUUUCACCCGUUCCAACUUGCUUUUGCCUCUUAUUGCAAAACAAACAUCACCUUUGACACUAGCAAAUUGUCACUGACAGUUUUACCAUUUUCAGAUUUUAUAAACCAAACAAUCAGUAAUGAAAACUUUAGUUUUUGGACAACAAUUGAAUAUGCUACUACAUGUUAGGCUUUGGAUAAACAGACAAUAUUUGUUAGUGGGAUCAGUUUAUUGCUGGUUUUGGUCUUUUCAUGGGAUUUGUUGACAAUAAGAAAAACAUAAAAUAUCACCAGCCUCUUAACAACAUCCUGGAAAAUAUGAAAUAGUCUAGCCAGUAAUGUGGUAACUGCCUUAAAGCAUUCUCAUGUGAUAAAGUAGAUUUGUUAAAUUCAUUAAUCAUGGGGAUGUACAUUAGAUGACCAUUAAUUUGGAAUAUAAACACAUGCAGUACUUAUAGUGUAUAAUGGAGUUGAUAUUAUUCGGCACAUGACUGCUGCUACAUUAUAAGGUCUGUCAGACGUUGUGUCCACCCUGCCCGUUAUAGGAGUGGGUGGAAAAUAGUGACAUAUAGUGUCAUAAAUGUACCGUUACUGUUCCCACAGGAGGAGGCAGAGUCUGAACUGUCACAGGGAAGUCUGACAGUGGGGUGAGGGAGAAGGGUGCUCCGUGGCCUUUUUUUUUUUUUUUUUUGGUGAUGGUCUUACAGUGAGAGUGUCAGGGACUUGGAGUUUGUGUGUGUGUACGAGUGCGUUUGAAUGAAAAGAGUGUAUGUAAAUAAUAUUCCACGGGUACGUAUGUACAUACAGUGCCAAAUGAAAUUAAAAUGUUCUCAGUUGUGGAGUUUUGACUCGGCUUGGCACAUUGUACUAAAACUCACCCACCCACACCUCCUUCAGCUCCAACAUAAAGCAUUAGUGCAGCAUUCUUCCUGUACAGUCCUGAACAUUUGAUCGCACCACGACAUGUUUAUGUAAUACUGCACACAGAGCAAAAACAAUAAAUUUGCUUAUGUCAAAAGCCA